AUGGAAUGUUCUUUAAACAUUAUUUAAAAUUGACUCUUUGCUUGUGUUAAUUUGGCUUGAUCUUAAUUGAGCGUGUGGUAGUUUCCUCUUCUCCUUGAACAUGUCCCUUGCUUGCAUGUUCUAGAGCUUCAAAUUGAGUAAUGGCAGCAACAGCAAGUGAUUCACGUUUGGAAGCAGCCCAGAAAGCCAUAAACUCAAUUGGGUUGGGUUUUGACAUAACACAAGAUAUAUGUUUUGACAACUGUAAGAAGGGUCCAAGGUUGAUAUUUGUCAAUGAAGAACAGUGCCGUAAUCUUCAUAUUCCUGGAGGGGUUUCAAUUGCAAAUGUCCCUAACUCUAUCAAAUGUGUCCCAGGGGAAUCAAUUAGAGUCCAUUCAGAAGUUCUCAACUUGGAACAGAUGUUGAUGCACUUCAACCAGCCAAUGCGCCUUGCAGGACAGAUUGCCACUGGUCAUUUCUGUGCUUCAUUUGGGUUAUCUGGUCGACCUAUAAAAGAUUUUUAUUCUAUAAAGUCUCUUGCUUAUGAUGGGUGGUUCAAUAAACGCUAUGCCAUUGAAUUAGAGAAGUAUCAUGGUGAACUCCUUGAUCAUGUCAAAAAAGCAGUGCCACCAUUGUGGGACCCUAAGGCCUUGGAAAGGUUUAUACAAUGUUUUGGAACUCAUGUCAUAGUUGGGGUGAGCAUGGGAGGAAAGGAUGUUUUAUACGUCAGACAAGAGAAACCAUCAGAUCUUGAUCCAACUUCUAUUCAGAAACUUUUGAAAGAUACAGCUAGCAUGAAGUUCGAGGAUUCCGCAGAAAAUCAUUGCCUGGCUUCUGAAGAUUUAAGUAACCAAAAGAAUCUUUUUGUGAUACAUUGUAGGAGGGGUGGAAGCAUUCAAAAGGUGUAUCAUAGUGAAUGGUUGGAAACUAUUGACUCGGAACCUGAUGUAAUAUCAAUGGUUCUUCUUCCCCUGACAUCCCUUUUGAGUAGGAUCCGCGGAAGUGGAUUUGUGAGCUAUGCCAUAAGUCUCUAUCUCCGUUACAAACCUCCAAUCGAAGACCUUCAUCAGUUUUUGGAGUUUCAGCUACGGAGACUAUGGGCACCAGUGCCUAGUGAGACGGAUCUUGGUUUUCAUCGAAAACAUCAAGCGGAAACCUGGAUACGAUUUAGUAUUUUCGGUCCCAAGCUUUACAUAAAUAAAACUCCAGUAGAUGUAGGUAGUAGACCAGUAGUUGGGCUUAGAUUACGAUUGGAAGGGUGGAGCAGUAACUGGUUGGCCAUUCACCUGCAGCAUCUGGAGUCCCUACCCAUGUCUUUAUCACUUUCUGACAACACAAAUACUUACUUGUCUUGUUGUGACUCAUCUAGCUGCAACUUGCAUGAGAAAGUGAAAUGGAACUCCCUUUCAUAUGUUUGUACCGCUCCUGUAGAAUCGGAUGAUAGUGUUUCCAUUGUGACAGGAGCUCAGUUACAUGUUGAAAACAAGUGUCUCAUUUUAAUGCUGCGUUUCUCUGAAGUCAUUGGUGCCACUCUGCUGAAGGAACCUGAGUGGAGUCGAUCCUCUGGUUUCGACCAGUUCCUCAUGUCUGGGGUCACCAAGGAAGAAAUUCAGCAGCAAGGAAUUGGUUGCCUUUCUUCACUGAUUCAAGGAAUUAUUUCCAAAGAGGAACAAAGGGGUCGUCCAAAGCCAGGUGAUAAGACUAUUGGUUCUAGUCCAUAUUCUGCUGGAUUCCCUUCACCAGUGCACACACCUAAGCUUCAAAGGUUUGUUGACACAAAAGAGAUUCAGAGAGGACCAGAAGAUACUCCCGGAUAUUGGGUUGUAUCUGGAGCAAAGCUUUCUGCUCAGCAUGGCAAAAUAUGUCUCCUUGUUAAGUAUUCACUGUUUUCAAUUAAUAUGCAAGGUGAAGCAGGGGCUUCAUAGAUCACUUCACCUUCCUUUAAACUUUGAAGUCAAGGGUGCCUCGCUGUUGCAUAGUUAGCUGCUAUUGGUCAUGCUACGCGACAUAUUUGUUGUUUUUCAUUUUAUUGAUACCUUUUCACGUUAAAUUCUUCGUGUGUGUGUGCGCGGGAGGUUUUUAUUCAUACCCUUUGACAUUAGACUCUUCCUGUGUUGUGUGCAACUAUCAAUUAUGUGCAACUAUCUUACUGCCCACAAAAGGACUUGAAUGAGAUACAACGCAUCACUUUAGCACAUAAUUAUUUCAGAAAAAAAAAAAAAAAAAAAAAAAA